AUGCGAGUUGAAAGACGUGAUUUUCGACCACAAACAGGAAGUGCUGCAAUGAUUUUCAUCGCCGUUCAGUUACUACAGCUUCUGACAAUUAUUGUGGCUUAUGAAAAUCUAGCACUACGGAAACCUGCAUGGCAGCAACAUAAUUUUACUGGUCAAGAAGUAAACUGGGGAGCAGCAAAGGCUGUGGACGGACUGUAUACUAACCGCUCAGCAGGAGGAAACCAAUGUACUAUAUCUAACACGGGUGAAACAACAGCGACAUGGAGAGUGGAUCUGAAGAGUUUAGUCAGCAUCAGUCACAUUAACAUCUACUACAGGACGGAUGGUCGUCCGAGCCCCGGUGCGUAUUAUGAUCGAUUUGCUGGGUUCUUCCUUUACGUGUCCAACACCACGUCAAAGGAUGACGGUCAUCUUUGUUUCCAUGAGAUACAGAAUGUGAACGGUACUCCAGUAGAGAACCAGACAAUAAGUUGUUCUGUUCAUGGACGAUAUGUCAUAUACUACAACGAACGGAGGAUACCGGGUGUUACGCAUCCUACUUAUUACUCAGAAUACGCAUUCAAUGAACUUUGUGAGUUGCAAGUUGAAGGAUGCCCUGACCCAACAUUUUAUGGAGUGAACUGUGACCAACUGUGUCCCGACGGAUGUCAAGAGAAACGGUGUGACGUCAAGACGGGCCACUGUCUGGGGUGUAGACCGGGUUAUCAAGGUCUCCGCUGUAGUCUGGUGUGUGGUGUACAGACAUACGGGCUGGAGUGCUCUUCCUCAUGUGGUAACUGUAGUGAUGGAGAGACCUGUCACCAUGUCAACGGCACGUGUCUAAAUGGAUGUAACGAGGGAGUGGAGGGAGAGAAAUGUCAGACACAAUGUCAACCAGGGUAUUAUGGAAAAGACUGUGAGGCGUUAUGCAGUGACAACUGUAAUGUGACCAAUCGAUGUAACCGAUUUACAGGGGAUUGUGAUGGAGGUUGUAAACCGGGAUGGCAGGGGACACGGUGUGACGACAUAUGUAACGAACAGAAGUAUGGGCCGGAAUGUUCUCUGUCGUGUGGUAACUGUAGUGAUGGGGAGAUAUGUCACCAUGUCAACGGCACAUGUCCACGAGGAUGUGAUGAGGGCGUGAACGGGGACGAAUGUCAGACAGAAUGUCAGCCAGGGUACUAUGGUAAAAACUGUAGGGAGAUAUGCAGUGACAACUGUAAUGUGACCAAUCGAUGUAACAGAUUUACAGGGGAGUGUGAUGGAGGCUGUAAACCGGGAUGGCAGGGGACACGGUGUGACGACAAAUGCCAGCCAGGGUACUAUGGUAAAGAUUGUAGGGCGGUAUGCAGCGACAACUGCUUUGUGAACAAUCGAUGUAACCGCUUUACAGGGGAGUGUGAUGGAGGCUGUAAACCGGGAUGGCAGGGGGAACUGUGUGACGACAAAUGUUUGCCUGGGUAUUAUGAUAAAGAUUGUAGGGCCGCCUGUAGCGAAAACUGUGUGAACACCUCUCGUUGUAACCGAUUUAACGGGGAGUGUGAGGCAGGCUGUAAAUCGGGAUGGCAGGGAAAGCUGUGUGACAAAAUUUGUGUGGAAAUGACUUGGGGGAUUAAUUGUAGCAAGACCUGUGACGAUUCAUGUGUGGGUCAAAUUUGCAAUCAUACCACGGGAGUAUGUUCGAAAUACAUUGAGCCUCCAGGUUCACCAGUACUUUCGAUAGUCGGUGGAGUCAUUGCAGCCAUUAUCGUAAUCAUCAUCGCUGUUAUUUCCUUGAUAUUGUUCCGACGAUUUAAAUCUCCGAAGCAAGAAAACCAAGCCAACGUGAACAGAGGAAGACGGACCGGAACUUCUUCUUUAAGCUUAUUCCAUGAAGCCGACCUAAAAACUUCCAAGAUGGAUUACACGAAUAUUUAUGAAAACAUUGAGUCAACGUCAAAAAAGUUUGAAGAAAUCAAAGAUUCCAAAAUCAACCGGAAACCAGGUAACCCUGACAUAAAGCAGAAAUCGAAGAAAAUCGAUAAAGAAGACGAUACUGACGUUGACGAGAAAGUACAUGAGGAUAACCCAUAUGGAGAGUACUUGAACGAAGAGAUUAUCCCGGAUAUAUUACUAGAAAAACUGGAACAUGUUAUUAAAGAAAAAGCAAAAGACGAUGACGAUGGCUUUAAAAAGGAAUACGCGACAUUGCCGUACGGUGAGAAACGCGCCUGUAACGCCGGGAAACGCCCAGAAAACACGACAAAGAACAGAUACAAGACAACGUAUCCAUAUGACCAUUCUAGAAUCCGAUUGAACGGCGGAAAGUCUGACUAUAUUAACGCCAAUUUUAUUGAUGACACAGAACAGAAAAAUGCAUAUAUUGCGGCACAAGGACCUAAGAAAGGCACGUUGUCCGACUUCUGGGUCAUGGUGUGGCAGGAGAAUGUCAAACAAAUCGUCAUGGUCACCGGCCUACAGGAGGGAUCCAAGAUAAAGUGCACUCAGUACUGGCCAGACAGUGAGACAGUUGGUACCUAUGGCGUGUUUUCAAUACUAAACCAGGAAGAGAAACACUACGCAUUUUAUGUAAUCCGGAGAUUCAGAGUCACCCAUACAGAGUUCGGAACCUCUCGCAUUGUCACACAUUAUCAUUACACCGCCUGGCCGGAUCAUGGGACACCGGAACCCCUGUGUCUUGUAGCAUUCCAUGACCACGUGACAAGGACACAGAAUAAACAAAUCACUUGUCCAGUUUUAGUACACUGCAGUGCUGGUAUUGGUCGAACAGGGACCUAUAUUGCUAUAGAUGCUUUAUACAAUGCCAGCAAGACUUUAAGGAAAAUCAACAUUGCAGAAUACGUGAAAGAGAUGAGGAAAAAUAGGAUGAAUAUGGUCCAGACCUAUGAUCAAUACAAAACAAUUUUCUUGACACUCAAUGCUAUGAUCAAAGCACCAUUCCAUGUGCAAAAUAAAACUGAAUAUAUCAAGAAAUUGGAGUCGAUGACUAAAGAUCAACCAGCCAAUGAAAGUGAACUUAGACAGGAGUUCAAGAAUUUACUCAGUGUGCGGCCAUCGUACACUGAAGUUGAUUACAAGUUCGCUCUACAUGCUGGGAAUGAAAUAUCUUCCAUCCUACCACUUGACAAGUACAGUCUCUUCCUGACCUCCAGUGUACCAAACCGUACCAAUUACAUCAAUGCAAUUAAUCUUCCUUCUUUCACCAACAACAAGGCAUUUAUUGUAACACAUUAUCCACCACCAGAGGACGCAGUUGACUUUCUGCGCCUGCUUACAGAUCAUGAAUCCCAAGUAUUGAUUUGUAUGGAUCCCCUCACCAAUGUGGCGUCAAGCAAGAAUUGGCUGCCAAGGAUGGGUUGUUCCCUUAGUGUAUCUCCAUUCACCGUACACUGCAAGCAAGAGGAAAUCACGAAGUUUAAGUGCACCACAGUAGAUAUUGUUCGGAAUGGGAUGGAUAAUGAAACAUGUUCUGUUGUAAUUGUGGAGCCAAUCUGUAAUCUGAAAUCAAGCGGACAUUCCAAUCAAACAUCACAGUUACUUAGUCUGGUGUCCUUUGUGCUACACCGGAAAGUUGAAAUGCCCAUCACAAUAGCUAGCAGUGAUGGAGCAGAGAUGUGUGGAACAUUUUGUACUGUUCACAAUGUAGUACAACAGCUGUCAUUGGACGGACACCUUGAUGUGUUUUCGACGAUUCGCCAGCUGCAAAUCAGACGUCCAGAGUUAUGUUUCUCCAUGGAUGAAUACAGGAUGAUCCAUGAUGCUGUGUUGGAGUAUAUUCGGACACAGGAGAAGUCUUCUGAUGCCAAUCUUUACUUCAACCAAUGAACGAAACAUCACCUGAUAUCAACGUUUGCUUCAAUCAACGAACACCAAUUCACAUUAUAACAAUAUUUACUUCAACUAAUGAACAACAAAUUACAAGACAUCAGUGUUUAUUUUAACCAAUGACGACACAGCACCUGCUAUUAAUGAUUAUUUCAACCAAUGGACGUCAAUUCACAUUAUAGCAAUAUUUACUUCAACUAAUGAACGACAAAUUACAAUAUAUCAGUGUUUAUUUUAACCAAUGACGACACAGCACCUGCUAUCAAUGAUUAUUUCAACCAAUGGACGUCAAUGCACAGUAUAACAAUUUUUACUUCAACCAAUGAAGGACGCAACUCCUGAUAUCAAUGUUUAUUGAAACCAGCGAAUGUCAAUAGUCAUUCACAUAUGCUACUUACUUAUAUACUUUAUUAAAAAUAGAUGUUAACGGUAAACCUACAACUCAUUUUUAUAAGAAAUGGGAUGAUUUCAUCUUAUCAAUCGUCAAUUUCCAAUAGCUAUGUAGUAAUAUCCCAUUAUUACCUGCAUGUGGUGUUUAUAUAUCUCAAGUGAUUCAAUACGCAUGAACGUGUUCUACGUAUGAUCAAUAUCGAGGUAGGCUACUGAUAAACAAUUUCAUGUUACAGGGGUGUCAACAGUGUCUUUUAAAGGCAGCAUUUUACAAAUUAUAUGGUCUGCAUGGUUGUUAUAAUGAUCAAAUUUGCCAAUACAACCUAUCAUUGGGUCAAUUGCUGCCUGACUUGUUUCAUGUCGAUUCGACACACUGAUUUUGACCACGGAAAAUAUAAGGCUCACGGUGAGUGUGACCGGUGGACAGGUAAUGUUUACUCCUCCUAGGUACAUGAUCCCAC